UCCAAAAUUAACUUUUAGACCUCUCUUCCAGUCCUCUGCCUCCUCUGUUCUCUCAUCAUUUCACUCUCUGGGUCUCUCUCUCUCUCUCUCUCUCUCUCUCUCUCUCUGUUUUCUGUCUACAGGCGACCUGUAACGAAGGAUCUGUGUGUGAAUUCACUGGGGUUCCUGGGUUGUUUGCAGAGUUGCAUUUCAGUUUCCCUGACGGGCUACCUAGGAAAAAGACGUGAAUUUCGUUGGGAAGAUCUAUUGGGAAAAACCCAUUAUUGGCUUUACGAAUCUGUGAAUCAGGGAGGGCUGAAGGGCUUUGUUCUCAAUUUCAAUCCAGCUUCUUAGAUCAAAUCAAAGGAUCUUAUUUAUCAUUUUUUUUUAUUUUUUUUAUUUUGUAUGAUUAGAAAGAUUACCGCUUUUGAUCUGAAAAGGCUUCAAAGUUUACAGAUAGGAAAGGAACCUUUUCAAUUCUUUCCUCUGUUUUCUUCAUUGAUUCCUUUAGAUCUCCAACAGAAUGACAGAACCAACAGCGAAGACUCCUUUGAUGCCGCCAUCAACUUCUCGAAAGCUUCCUGAUUUCAAACAAUCUGUUAAACUCAAGUAUGUAAAGCUUGGUUAUCAUUACCUCAUCACCCAUGGAAUGUACCUUUUCCUAUCCCCUCUUUUGGUUCUCAUCGCCGCUCAAAUCUCCACAUUCUCGAUGCAAGAUCUCCUUGAUCUAUGGGACCAUCUGCGAUUCAACCUUGUUUCUGUCAUCGUCUGCUCCACACUACUUGUUUUCCUCUCUACUCUAUACUUCCUCACCCGUCCUCGACCAGUCUAUCUCGUGAAUUUCUCUUGUUACAAGCCAGAAGAAGCUCGGAAAUGCACAAGACAGAUCUUUAUGGAGAGAUCGGCGUUGACGGGUUCAUUCACCGAGGAAAACCUUGAGUUCCAAAGGAAAAUCCUUGAAAGAUCAGGUCUCGGUGAAACAACUUACCUCCCUGAGGCCGUCCUCAGAGUUCCACCGAACCCAUGUAUGGCUGAAGCAAGAAAAGAAGCGGAGAUUGUGAUGUUUGGUGCCCUGGAUGAGCUCUUCGCCAAGACUAAACUGAAGCCUAAAGAUGUUGGUAUCUUAAUCGUCAAUUGUAGCUUAUUCAAUCCAACUCCUUCUCUCUCUGCCAUGGUGAUCAACCAUUACAAGCUCAGAGGGAAUAUAAUUAGCUACAAUCUUGGUGGAAUGGGCUGCAGCGCUGGUCUGAUCUCAAUUGACCUUGCAAAAGAUCUUCUUCAAGUCCACCCCAACUCCUAUGCUUUGGUGAUCAGUAUGGAGAACAUCACAUUGAAUUGGUACUUUGGGAAUGAUCGAUCAAUGCUUGUUUCGAAUUGUUUGUUCAGAAUGGGAGGGGCUGCGAUCUUGCUCUCGAACAAGAGAUCCGACCGGAGAAGAUCCAAGUACCAAUUAGUCCAUACAGUCCGGACACACAAAGGUGCUGAUGACAAGUGCUUUACCUGUGUUACCCAGCAAGAGGAUUCCACUGGAAGAAUUGGUGUCUCUCUGUCCAAGGAUCUCAUGGCAGUUGCAGGGGAUGCUCUGAAGACCAACAUCACCACCCUUGGCCCUCUUGUUCUUCCAAUGUCUGAACAAUUGCUUUUCUUUGGUACAUUGGUUGGGAGGAAGCUUUUCAAGAUGAAGAUCAAACCCUACAUCCCAGACUUCAAAUUGGCCUUCGAGCAUUUCUGCAUCCACGCAGGAGGAAGAGCCGUACUGGAUGAAUUGGAGAAGAACUUGCAGCUCUCUGAUUGGCAUAUGGAGCCAUCUAGGAUGACACUCUACCGAUUUGGUAACACCUCUAGCAGUUCUCUUUGGUAUGAAUUGGCUUAUUCAGAGUCUAAGGGAAGGAUGAAGAAGGGAGAUAGAACAUGGCAGAUAGCUUUCGGAUCUGGGUUCAAGUGUAAUAGUGCAGUCUGGAAGGCUCUGAAGACCAUAAACCCAGCAAAGGAGAAGAACCCAUGGAUGGAUGAGAUAGACCAGUUCCCUGUGAUUGUUCCAAAGGUUUCCCGUAUCUAAAAUUCCAGUUGGUUGUUUCCCAGUCAAUUAGUUGUGGUGGGUGCUUGGCUGUUUCAGUGUUUAUAUCGUGUUCUUUUUUCUUUUUAAUCUGUUCUUGGUGUUAAUGUACUAUUUAGGUAGGAUAUUGGUAUUGGGGGGAAGAAAGAUGAUAGCUUUAGUUGUAGAUGAAGAGUAGUUUAUUCAGUUUGGGUUUGGGAUCUGGGAAGUAACUUGGGGAAUGAUUUAUAAUGUGAUUGACAUUGUAUGAGACUAUUGAGGUCUUUCAAAUUUAUGAUCAAAUUAAUCCUGGAAGGAUGGGAUGGUUGAUGCUGA